AUGCCCAACAGCACUACUUCAGGCCCAGGCGGCCUCUCGCCCCAGCCGUCCUCAGCCACCAGGCCCCGCUCAAGAGCUACACGGCGCAGUUAUGGAAUCCUCGACGCUCGCGUGAAGAAAAUCAGCGCCAACCAAUGCGUUUUGGGCAAGACCUUGAAUAAGGCCAGGUGCUCACAUGAAUGCAAAUGCCAUGGCUUGGAAAGCAGGCUCCGCGAGGAGCUGCUGAGCCUGGCAACCCAACCAUGUGGCCAACCAAUUUCCUUCAUCUUCGACACAUUUACCUUCACGCCGGUCGAUGCAGACCAGGCGGCCUUGUUCUUCAACCACUACGGCCAUCUCUACCACAUUCGAAAGUUUACCCUCAACAACAAUGUCGUCAAACUCGACACCCCAGAGGAGAUCCGGCCGUACAUCAUCGCCAUCAACAACCUCCCUCUACUCGAAGAGAUCUCCUUCGCCGGCUCUUCGUUAGGCAUCUGGGCUGCUUAUGCCCUGGCAGAUGCACUGCGAGCCAAGAAAAAGCUGCGUCGCGCUGACUUUUCCGACUGCUUCACUGGCCGUGGACCGGCUGAGAUUGCCCCGGCCAUGGAUGCACUUAUCUCGGCCUUUCUCGAACUGCCCGCGCUGGAGACCAUCAGCCUCUCAGGCAACGCUUUCGGUCCACAAGUCGCGGGGCCCCUCGUCCGCCUGGUCGGGGGCCACACGCCGCUGCAGGAACUCGACAUCAACAACGUCGGCCUCGGCCCAGAGACCGGCGUCGCAUUCGCCGGCGCACUGGAGGACCUAGCCAAGAAUAAAGCCGCCAUCGGCGCCCCUCCCCUGCGAAAGCUCCUGUGCAACCGGAACCGCCUCAUCCAGGACCAAGACGAGCCGCUCUUCGGCAUGGCGCAGUGGGCCAAGGCGCUCGCCGCGCAUCCGCAGCUGCGGACCGUCCACCUGGCCAACAACGGCCUCCUGCACGAGGGCAUGAACACCAUCAUAUCGCAAGGCCUGGCGCACAUCCAAGGGAUCGAGGAGCUCGACCUGCAGGACAACAUCUUCACGUCGCGGGGCAGCACGCACGCGGAGCUCGCCCGGGCGGCCGCGCGCUGGCCGCGCCUGCGCGAGCUCACCCUCAACGACAGCUUCCUGGGCUCGCGGGGCGCGGGGCUGCUGAUCGCGGCGCUGGCGGGCGUCCAGGACAGCAAGCUGGAGGUGCUCAAGGUGGCGGGGGCCAACCUCAACCCGGCCAACACGCUGGCUCUGGCGGGCGUCUUCGACAAGCUGUCGUCUCUGCGGGAGCUGGAGUUGAACAUGAACAACAUCCCCGAGGGCGAUGCCGGCUACGAGAGUCUGAAGAGGCUGCUGCAGGAGAGGGGCGCGGAGAGGAAUGUGAAGACGAGAAUCGAUGACCUCGAGGACCCGAGCUAUUCGGAGGAAUCGCGGAGCACGACUGGCUCUAGAAAUGGGUCCAACUCAAGUGGCUCUUCCGGUGCUCAGUCAUCUUGA